AGUCAUCAACCUUCCGACUACUCGAGACGGCGUGCCAGUAUUUGGUGAGCGGGGGAUGGUCUAGCUCGACCCAAAACGUCAUUCUUCUACGCGCGGCUCGUGAGGAUAGCUGAAUGCUGAUCACUGUCUCGAAUGUGUGUGAGCUGAGCUACCCACCCUCACGCUCAACCUCCUCACCCUCUUUGCCUCCCCCUCUCCUUUCCGUUCAUCCUGAUACCUCCUCCUUUCCACCCUCUCCCCUCCCGUCCCUCCCGUUCCCCCACCCCCACUUCGCGUUCAUCCCUUUCGCUCCUUGCCAAAAUGAAGCUCUCUCUUGCGGCAGUGCUGCUGGCCAUCUGCGCAGGCUCUGGCCUCAUCUCAGCCGCACCCGCAGGCACAUCGACGGUGUAUCUGCCUGGCCUUCUUACUCCAGUCAAGUACGGUACCGCGCGAGUCGAGACGCCCUUCACGUCCGUUUCCAAGGACACCUUUGUCAAACAAUCCGUAGUCUCUCUCUUCGUCCCCAUCAAGACCCCCACCGCGCACCUUCCAGAGUGCGAUUACAUCAGCUACAUUCGUUAUAGGCACGCCGACGGGCCUUCCGACCCGCUCAAAGCUGAUCGGGUAGAGACGUUCAUGCCCGGCACGCUUGCGGGAGCUUCGAGCGCUGAUCAACUCGCUCGCAAUGUCAUCUUUUAUGCCAAGGAGAAGCACAAUCUCAACGUCGAGUUUUGGGCUCUCGACCGUCGUGCCAACUGCCUCGACGAUCAGACUGGUGUCUUUGCCGCCGUUCAGGGCAAGAACCUAAAGACAGGCUUCGAUUAUUACUACAACAAAGCUGCCAUCGCUGGUCGCAAAUUUGCCGGCUUCUACAGCAACACGGAUGCCAACACUGCUAUUCUUGCCGAACUUGGAGUGGAGCAGACUUCAAGCGACUGGUACGAUGUCGUGACGCGCGAGUUGCCAGAUGCCAACUACCGAGCCACCAAGCACUACGCUUCGGGUCACAGUCUCGGUGGACCAUUGACCGCUUUCUUCGCUGCCUAUGACCGCGAUGGGGAUGUCAAGACGACGGGCGAUGCAGGCUACAACCAAGCAGCAGGCUUCAUCGGCUACGACACGGUCGUCACUACCAAAUUUGGACCUGCCAACAUUCCCGAAGGUCUAGCCAAGAUCAUUCAGCCCAUCAUCGACGCUGGUUUCGAAGUGGCUCAGGCAGGUUUCAGAUCUGGCAUUCUUCCGCGUUCCCUCUUGACCGCAUUGCCCGUCGUUCUCAACUCCGAAACCACCCAGCUGCUCAGCUUGGUCGGAGGUCGAGCAGUGGUGGCGCCCAAAGCCGAAGCCGACGUCAAAGGCCUGCCGCGCACACCCACCAUCACUUCUGCCGCUCAAUUCUUCUUCUCCAAAACCGUAGCUCAAUUCGCCACCUUUUUUCCAUCCGCUUUCAACCUUCGCGCGACGAACGAAGCGCUGGUAGGAGCGAUCCUUUCUGACCGUAGCCAAGGUUUCGCCUUUCUCCAAGCUUCCGUCGGGUUCGGUACGGGAGGAAAGAUCGAAGAGAGGAGUUUCCCAGUCGGAGCUUCGCCAUUCGCUCUGCCGUCGAACGAAUCCCAAGCUGCUUCGAUGCUGCCACUCUCCAGUCCAUACCCGCUCGGCGUACCCUCAGACGCUGGUUUCCUAGGUCAAGGCAAUGGACCGCUGUACGAGUGGCUAGACUACGAUCAGAUCAAAGAAGACGGCUCCAAUGUGGACAAGGCGAACAAUGGGCAGCCCUUCACCAAGGCCAAAUUUGAAGUCUCAUCCAUCUCUGACCUCUCUCGAUCCCUCUCCGAAGCACCUCUGGACUUCACCGAGCACUACUACGCAACGCGCACCACCACCGACGUCCUCUUUCAAAACCUCGGCUCGAAAAAUGUGAUGCCCAAGGCGCUGCAUCUGGACGGCUACACCAAACGACCCAUCCUCAACGUCGUGGGCAGCGAAGGUCUCGCCGUCGGAGGUCAAUUCGGCGAUCUUGGAAACCACGUCAUUUGCGACGGCUACAACCACCUCGAUGUUCUUCUCGCCAAUCGUAAACAGACCCUCGGUCGUCAAGAAAACUCUUCAAUCUACUCGGCAGACUUUAUCGCCAAAGUCGGUAGCGGUGUGAUUGCCUGAACUUGACGCUCUCCCCCGCGCGCACCAUCACUACCGCGAUCGUAGCUCACAGCUCACUCUGCGAGACAUGACGCUCCUUAUAAAUACCCACAUUCUUUUUGCUCCUCGGCCGUCCGAUUCGUCUUCUCUGCGCCGCCCGACUGGCGAAAUUCCUCCCGAGACUGCUCCCGUCUUUUUGUCUUCCUCGGC